GGAAACUAUAGAAACGCUCCGCUUUGAAACUUAUAAAUAAUUAAAGUAUCGCACGCUGUAGGCUGUAUAAAGAAUUUAGUCACUUUGGUUAAUAUAAUUUGAACAAUAUUCAAAAAGGACGUAAACUUGAUUAUUCUUUAUAAGGGAAAACGUACGCAAAUGUUCUAAAUGGAGAUAUUUACUAAAACUGUUCAUACUUUUAUUAUUUGGUUCGUUUGUAUUGAUAUAAUUGACGGAGUUAUCAUCAAAAAUCAAACUUUUUAUGCGGUAAAUGAUAUGAAAAUGCAAGACACAAUAUCAGUUUUGAACAGUUCAAGUGAAUUACAAUGUGGAAGAUACUGUUUAAGUGAAGAUCUAUGUUGUUCUUUUGGUUUUACAGCAGCAACAAGAAUAUGUAAACUUUAUGACAAUGACCCAUUGACCGCUGCACCAGAAAGUAGUGCAUCUAUCGGAAGUGUAUUGUAUGUUAAAGAUUGCGAAGAAGGGUGGCUUAAAUUUGGAGAGUCCUGCUAUCAAUUCUCGAAAACUCACACAAGCUGGGUUAAUUCGAAGACAUACUGUGAAUCGCUGGGAGCACAUCUGGCUAUUGUUACCAAUGAAGCAGAACACCAGUUUAUAAGACAAACACUUUCAGGACAGAAUAAAGACUAUUUCUGGAUUGGUGCCCGGUUUAACAGUACAGCCGGCGAAUACCGAUGGGUUGAUGGCACUGAAAUGACAUUUAAUGGAUGGAGACCUGGUCAACCAAUCGGUACUUCAGGCUGUGUUGAUUACUUAGUUAAUGCAAAUUGGCUGUGGAAUCAUCAUGGAGACUGUUAUUCUACCUUUGGACCAUGCAUUUGUGCAAAAAAACGUGUAUGACAGAACUCAUGUGAGCAAACAGGAAUUUCUGAUGACAACAAAAAAUGACACCAAAUAUUUAUGUAUAUGUCAUUUAAAAUGACAAUUUGAAAAUCUACAGAUGCAACAAAAAUAUAUGAAAAUGUAAAACUUGUAAAUCUGUGUAUCUGUUCCGGCUUCUGAACAAUAUAUGCUAUUUUUCAGAUAUAUUUUCCUGGCUAUAAAGAUAAUAUAUUAAUGGAUUAUCAAAUGUUAAAGGCCCAUUAUGCCCCAGAAAUGCUUUCAUUUUUAUUUCUUAUAAUCUUUUUUAUUUUUGGUAUUCUUUUAUAGUUUCCGACAAGUUACUCAUUGACAAACUACUGGUACCUGUGCUGUAUUUUUCUUCUGUUGCUUUUUGUCAAUUAGUACAUAACAAACUACAAUUACAGUGAUUUUGUAUUUUGAAUGGAAGUCAAAAUACUACUUUGUUUACAUUAAGCUCCUUUUAUGACAUAUUAUUUUACAUUAAGCACUAUUUUCUUCAGGUAAAAGGCAUCUAACAUGCUCUAAAACCCAUUAUUUAAAAGUUAUAAAAUUCAUGUUUGACUUUUCUUAAGAAGUAAUUCUGAGGUAUAACAGGAGAAUACCCCCCUUAUUUUUUCAGAGGCAGGGGGUGUCGUAUAGUCGGGAGAGAUAACGCAACUAAAACUUUUACAUUUUAAUUCUACAUGCGUGUACAACUUGUGCAAGUCUCAAAUUCGAACUCCCUGACUGGGCUUUCAGACCAGUAUAUAUAUUGACAACUAUCCGCCUAAAAUGUCAACAUCAUAAAUAUACAUUUACUUCAUAAUUUAUAUACAUGCACGCAUUUGGAGUGAUAUGUAGAACUGUUAUCAAUUAUCCUUGACAUAUUUUACCACCCAAUACAGUUUGCAUCUAUUUUUGUCAAAUAACAUAUAUAAAUAAUGUCAUGUUCAAUGUUUUUAAAUUAUGAAGUAAAUACAAGUAUAUCG